AUGGUCUCCAACGGCAACAGCCUCGGCUUGGCCAGCACGAGCGCCCACACGCUCGAGUCCCAAACCUCCCGCUCGCCUUCGAUCGCUUCGAGCUCGGGCCUCAUCUCGGACCGCGACAUGGUCAUGCACGAGGGAAACUACUCGCUCGAAUCCGAAGAACAAGAACGCGACCGGGACCGGGGCCGCGAAGCCGAUCCCGACGUCGAGGAAGAAUCGGCCGACGACUCGGACUUUCUCGACGACGAUCAGGCCGGCGGCAAUAGCUCGUCCCUCUCCUUGGCCAUCACUUCCCCUGCCGUCGCCACACCUCGACCCAACUCGCUGUCCACACCGUGGCCGUUCAAUCAGGGUAGUCAUGGUCCUUCACCACUGUCGACGAUGAGCUAUGCACCUAUCUCGCACCCGACCGUCUUGACCUCGAGCGCACCUGUCACCAUCUCGUCUGAAGCGGCCUUACUUACGACGACUGCGCCGAUCCCCGCUUCCUCUCUCCCGCACGAGAUCCUGCUCCACAUCCUACGCCUCCUACCGGCUGCAUCACUCUCCCCGGCCCUGCUCGUGUGCAAAGCCUGGUGCCAGUGCGGUGUCGAGUUGCUAUGGCACAAACCGUCGUUCACCUCGUUACCGUCGCUCUCGGGAAUGCUGCAGGUCAUCCACUCGCUCGACCAGACAUUCCCGUACCCGACCUUUAUCCGACGACUCAACUUUUCGACUCUACACGAGGAGAUGACGGACAAGGUGUUGCGCAAAUUGCUGCCGUGCGUACGGUUGGAGCGACUUACGCUAGCUGGAUGCCGAACGCUCGGGCCCGAGAGCUUGAUCGCGUUGCUGAGCAAUUGCACGAGGCUGGCGGCGUUGGACUUGAGUGACGUCGUUGAAGUAAAUGACGCGGUGUGCCAGGCGAUCGCGAAGAGCAGUCCAAAACUCCAGGGGUUAAAUCUGAGCGGGUGCAAGGAGGUGACGGAUCUCGGGAUGGAGACGAUCGCGAAACGGUGCAAGUCGCUCAGAAGGGUAUGUUCAGCUUCCUCCCGAUUGGGACGCCGAGAAGUGAUUGGACUCAUCAAUCUGCUUCCUGGUUGGACAUGGACAGAUCAAGCUGCGACAAGUCUCGCUCAUUUCGGACAGCUCGGUCAUUCUGCUCUCGAUCAACUGCCCGCUCCUGCUCGAAGUUGACCUCAUUGCCUGCACGAGGCUCACGUCGCUUUCACUACUGCAAAUCUUCCGAACUUCGCCCGCUUUACGUGAGCUCUCUCUGCAGGGAUGUGCCGAAAUCACGGAGGAUGCGUUCCCGUCUAGCUCGAUGAUCCAUUCGCUCGGCUCGACGCGCGAGUACAACAUGCCCGAGGACUCCGAUCGAUCGACCUCUCCUCUACCUCCCCUCGUCGCCAUGGACGGCUCGCACAUUCCUCGGCCGAUACCGAUAGAUGCUUCGCCCCGCCUCAAGCCGUUCGAACAUCUGCGAUACCUCGACCUCACCAGUGUUGCCCAGCUGACCGACGAAGCGGUUGCCGGGAUCGUCAAGUAUAUGCCGCGCAUCCGGAACCUCAUCCUCGCCAAGUGCGGUCGAUUGACCGACGAUGCCAUUCAUUCGAUCAGUCUGCUGGGCAAGCACCUCCACUACCUCCACCUCGGUCAUGUGUCCAACAUCACCGACGUCGCCGUCACCGCCUUGGCCCGGUCGUGCACUCGACUGCGAUACAUUGAUCUGGCAUGCUGCACACGGUUGACGGACCUGUCCGUCUUUGAACUUGCUACGAACCUCCCUCGCCUCAAACGCAUCGGUCUCGUCCGGGUCGCAAACAUCACCGACGAAGGCAUUCAAGCGCUCUUGCAACGCACCUCGCUCGAACGGAUCCAUCUAUCGUACUGCGAGAAUCUGAGCGUGUUGGCGAUCCAUCACCUCUUGUCCUGUUUGCCGAGGUUGACCCAUCUCAGUUUGACGGGCGUGCCGUCGUUCCGAAGGGCGGAUUUGCAGACUUGGUGCAGGAUGCCUCCUAGCGUGAGUGCGACGAGGAACCUCCCACGGUAGGUAGGAGUGCAGGUGCUUACAGUUCUCUUGGUGCGCUUUCUUCAUUUGCAGACCUUCAAUUCGCACCAACGAACCACCUUCUGCGUCUACUCCGGUAAAGGCGUGCACGAGCUCCGGCGAUUCUUGCGCAACAUGCAUGCCGACAUGGAACUCGAAGCGGCCGCCGCCGUCUGGAAUCAAGGCGUCACGAACGGGACCCACGUUAAUGAUGGGCAGGGGAUGAAUAUCGGAGCUCCUGGGAAUGCGGGUGGUGCCGGGAUGCCGAGGGCUCAAGCGGCGGCGCCGAGGAGGAUAGCUUUCAAUCCUGGGUCUUUGCAGAUACCGCCUCAUAA